AUGAAGUCGUGGUCCGGAACCAAAUUCGGCGCGAGGCAACGACUCGUGUUCGCUCUCUUCUGCGGCACAUCCGUGAUUGGUCUCCAAGCUACUGCCGCCGCCGAAGACUUCGACGGUUCCUCCUUCGCCAGGAACGCGUCGCUGGACACCAACGUCGACGUCUUCUGGACGAUCGAUGUCGAGGCCGAAACCAUUCGUUUGGCCGUCCACGCCAAAGCUGCUAGCGGCUGGGCGGGCGUAGGCAUCUCUGAGAUGGGGGGCAUGGAAGGCGCCGACAUCGUUGGACUGACCUCGACCCGAAAAACGUGUUGUCUGUCCAACAUCCUCCUCAUGUUCGCCCAUUUUCCGCGCAUCAAGACGGGGAAUGUGACGGAUGCUCACUCUCUUGUGGCAGGUACGCCUGUCGUCGACGAAUGCACGCAAGACUGGACCUUGCUAUCGGCGGAUGUCAGCAGCGGGAGCCUUGUGUUCGAGGCGGAGAGAGCUCUGGACACGGGAGACGUGCAAGAUCGGGUCUUCAAGGACGACAGACUUGGCGCCACGAGAAUCCUCGCCGCGUGGGGCGACUCGGAGUUCAUUGGCUAUCACGACGGCAACUUGGCCAAGGGAGAAGUCGUCAUGUUCGGCGGAUCGGAGAGCGCUGAUGCCGCCGAACCGCUGGAUGAGGUCCAGGCUAGUACGGUUGUCAGCUUCUUCGAUGCUACUUCGAAAAACUUUUCCAUCCCGACGGUGCGCACCUGGUACGAAAAUACUUGCAUCCCGGCUUCGGAGCUACCCAAACUCGACAAGUACCACGCCAUCGGUUUCGAAGGCGUCCUCCAGGACGACACCGCCGAGUUCGUGCACCACCUCGUUUUGACAGGCUUUUACGGUCCGCCCGACUGCGGAAACGCCUGCUUCGAAUGGAUGGACGAAAUAUUUGGGGACGACGGCUCUUCCUACUCGUCCUCCGACAUGACCAACAUUACCCUCCCGUGGUUCUGCCACGGCGUCGAAGACGCCGCCGACAUCUUCAUCUGGGCUCCCGGAAUGCAGAGCUUGGAUCUGCCUGAUGACGUCGGCUUCCUGUUCGGAAACGAGUCGGGGGGGCUCAACUCCUUGAGAGUGCAAGUGCACUACGACAACCCUGACGGGGUUAGCGGCAAGAACGACAGCUCCGGCGUUCGCGUGUACUACACCGAGGAGCUGCGCCCGAUGAACAUGGGGCUGGUAAAGCUGGGAGAUCCGCAAGGCGCGCUACACCCCCAGCCUCUGCCGGACGGCAAGUCCGUUUACUCCUUCGGUUGCCCGGGUACUUGCACCGAGACAUAUUUCGAGGAAGAGGAGGUUACAGUCUUCAGUCAUUUGUUGCAUAUGCACGAGAACGGUCAGCGGAUUUCGACCCGGCAGUAUCGUAACGACGGUGAUGGCAACGAGGUGCUGAUCCACACGGCUGAGGUCGAGUACUUCUCCUUCCUGCAGGCCGGCGUGCACUUGGUUACCGUCAACGACAGCACCACCAUCAAAGUGUGUCAGAAGCGUGACGUGUUCACAACGGAGUGCUUCUACGACACAUCGUAUUCUUCGGUAGGCUCGCCUAAUGUCACCUGGGGCCUGGGAUCGGAAAACGAAAUGUGCAUCGACUUCGUUUUCUACUAUCCGGACCAGAAACUACCCGACCGUGGUGCAUGCGGGUCUAAUUUCUGCAAUGGCACCUUGUUGGGCUAUUCAGAAUUGGAAGACUUCUCGGACUUCAACCGCACCUUCGGGGUGGUGGACACUUGCACCUCGAGUGAAGGCGUCGAGGAGGGGCAAGAACUCACCUCGUCGGCACAUGCCACCCUGCCCCUGCUUGGACUGUUGGCGAUUUCCACGGCCGCGGCGCUAGUGCUCGAGGCCACUAUCGUGUAGUUGCUGGCAGGACAACUCGCAAAAGUCCGAGGCAUCCGCACGUUCAGUACAUGGCGAGUGAGCAGGUUGCACUUGAACAGGUUGCACGGCCCAUUCUCUAUUUUUUGCUAAUGGCUGGCGUUGUCUGAAGUGUGAAGUAAUACGGGUUGACAUACUACCACACAUGCCUCUAUUUUCUUUUUGCCUUCGACAGUACGGGACAAGAGGUAGUUGAUAGAGUUCCAGAAUGUUUGUUCCGUCAUGCGCUCACAGAUAAACAAUGAUUGUUACGGUGGCCUGUGCGCACGCUUCGUCCGCCGGUGUGUGCGCACGGGACAACCGAGUUGCAGUCAGUCAGGCAGAUAGACAUCAUGGCUGUUGUCAAGAGUUGCUGGGGUUUUUAGUUGUCGACCACGCAUGAUUUGGUCCUGAAGCCUCUUAACGCUUUAUUUAGUCUCUGAAAAAUGGUCAAACCUAUAUUCGAUUCGACCCUGCUCUUUGUGACCCCAGGUAGGCCACAUUUUCGUUGUUUUGGUUCUAGAGUUGACGAUCUUCGGUUUCUUCUCGAAUACAAUGUAGCAAUUUGCUAUUCUCCGUUCGAUUUUCUCGAGAUUGAUCGACGGAUGUCGGGGGAAUGCGUAGCACGAGUGCCACCGUUCGUGAGUAGAGGUCAGAGGCGCUCGACUCUGUUUCGUUUUUCCACCUCUCUCACACAUGUGCAACGCGGUAAGCAUCAUGUACGCCAGGCUUCUAGCCUUCGAGGCUCUCGCUCUCAUCUUGGCGUUGUUAUGUAGAAGAUUCACCCUGAUUUCCAAUCCUUGUGUCUCCGAUGAGUGCCGUUGUUUUAAGAAGUCGCCAUUCUCCAGGCGUGUUUUUGGGACGGUACAAUGAAGGAAUUCCCCCAACCAUCUUGCCUUGCACACCGCCGGCUAUCGAAUCGAGUCUGCUUGCCGUCGGUCAUUUUAAUGCCGCCAUUUUACAGAACGUGUCACCAUAUAUGAACCGCUUAUGUAGCUUGAGGCUCGACGGUUUCUGGUUGCCUACAAUCGAGCACACGUUAUAAUUGUCCAAGUUCUUAUUUGGAGCAGGCAUCCAUCUAUGCUACACAGGGUUCUUGUUCUUUUUUCUAAACCGAUUGGCCUUCUGCAGAGGACACAGGCCUUUCUGGGUGGAUUUCAUCACGAGACGCUACUGCUGUGAGAGUGAAAUAAUAGUCAGCCGUAGAAUUGUCCCUAGAUGGCAGUACCGCAUGUAUGUACGGUAUGGGAGAUGAGAGGUUGCCGACAAAAGCUUGGGAGGCAAAGGGGGCAAACAAAAAGAAUUGAUGUAUCAUCCUACAGAGUGGAUCAAUGUUGUAUUUGUACGCGACGUAUGUAAGGUGUUAAAUAUUGACGAAGGUGAUGUACUGGAAUCGGAAGGUCUAGAGGGGUUCAAGGAGAAGCUAUCUUGCCUUUGUCGAGAGAGGACAGAAUAUAAACACAGGAACCAAGGGUAAAGAGGGUCUGGAUGUACACUGAGAAGUACCUACCUGUACUGGACCAAUGGGUGCAGGGACAAAAAUAAACGUCAAAUUUAGGACUGGGGACAUUGGCCUUCGAGAACGUAGACGAAGAUUUAGGAAGGUAGACGAUGAAGACGACAAAGAAAUCCAGAUGUGAAUGAAGGCGGCUAGUGCGAAGUACAUGUUCAUGUACUUGCGGAAUGUCCGUUGUACAAGAAGGAGAGGGAAAUGUACAUGACUGAGCUGAGAAAAACUUAGAAGGAAGAGGCCGAGAGAUAUCUGAGGCAUGGAAUAGAAAGUCGGUACAAGCUGUACUGGGGCAUUGGAAGUGGGUUAAAGAGGCGGGUGAUGAUAUCGAUAUGAUCGAUAAGGUAGGGAAAACAGUUUUGAGCCACCUUUUCCGUCCUGUCGAGGAAGUGCGGUCAAUGGUGGAACCGCUAAGGCUUGCGAAACAUUAGCCUAAAGAGGGUACGCCCCCCCUUCGGAUCCAACUCCCACGAUCGGGUAGAGGCGUAAGGAAGUUCAAAAGGCAAGGAAGUACUGUAUGUGUACGAUAUAGCGGAGAGAGAAGCUUGGGAUGCGAAGUGGACAAACAAGAAUAAAGGUGUAGCAACCCAGGUUGUAGAUAACGUAUUAUGGA